ACUACCAGACUUUUCUAUAAUUAAAGUCAAAUGUUUUUGUUUGGGCUGAACAGAGUUUGAGCUCAACCUGUACCUCAACGUGUAGCUUUAGCUACAUUCAGAAGAUGAAAACGAAAGGUUGAAUGCAGAGAAGAAACUUAGUAAGACAGAGCGAUGUUUUAUAACGUGGGCUCGGGGGAUGAGGAAGAGAAAAGGGAGCCAGUUGACAUGGAGGGUGAGAAGGAAGGAGAUGACUCUGAAACCAGAUGGAGUGAAGAACUCAGGUUGGUCCUCAUCGGAAAGACCGGAUCUGGCAAGAGUGCGUCUGGAAACACCAUCUUGGGCCGAAGGCAGUUCCUAUCACAGAUCAGUGCCAGCUCUGUCACCCAGAUUUGCCAGCUUGGGAGCACUGAGCUCGCUGAGGAAGAGGGCGCUGAGGAGGAUGGCCAGACUGUCACACAGAGGAGGAUGAGGAGAGUGGCGGUGGUUGACAUGCCAGGUUUUGGGGACACUCACCUCAGUGUGGAGCAGAUUCAUGCAGAGAUAGCCAAAUGUGUGUCUCUCUCUGCCCCUGGGCCACAUGCUUUCCUCCUGGUGGUGCCAAUAGGACGAUAUACAGACAAUGAGAACCAGGCUGCCUGCGAGUUGACCAAGAUAUUUGGGGAGGAUGCAGUCCGUCACCACACGGUGGUUCUUUUUACCAGGGGUGAUGACCUGGAGGGCAUAGCGAUUGAAGAAUACCUGAGGGAGACUGCACCUGCUGGGCUUAAGGCUCUGAUUGACAGGUGUGGGGGCAGGUACCAUGUACUCAACAACAAAGACCACAGAAACUCGGCGCAGGUUAAAGAACUCUUAAUGAAGGUGCACAAGAUGGUGAAGCAGACUAAUGAAGGGUUUUAUACCAAUACCCUGUUUUUCGAAGCAGAGGCUGCCAUCAGGGAGGAGCAGAAAAGGAUGUUGAGGGAGCGAGGGCAAGUAGAGGGGAAAGAACAAGCGGGAAACAGCAGCAGCAUGGAAGACCAGGCUAAACUUGCAAAACGAAGGAAGUGCGUCUUGGAGUCUAACGGAGCAGAGAGCACUGACAGGGGAUCACAAGGGGUCAGGAAGAGUGAGUUGGAGAGAGGAAAUGAAGAGGAUUUUAGGGUGGAGAGAUGGACAGAGGAGAGCAGAGGCAGCACCUUCAGCCUCCUGAGGGACAGAGUUAAACAAUGUAGAGACCAGUUCAGAGGGAGGCACAGAGACUGCAGCAGGGGCUUAAGCAGGCGACAGUCUCUCCGUUCAUCCUUGAUUCACAUGAGGAAGGAGGCUGCACUCUCUGCUAAGGUGCUGGAGAGAGUUAAAAUCAUGGUGGCUGCUGGAGCCACAGGCAUGGCUGUGGGGGCAGUGUUUGGGGCAGCUGCCCCUUUAGCAGCUGCAGCCGGGGCAUCUCUUGUAGGUAACUCGGUUGGUUUUGCUGCAGGUCAGUUAGCUGGGAUGUCUGUAGCGGGAGGCACAGGUGUUGGGAAAGCUGUGGGGGCCAUAGUGGCGGCAGCCUCAGGGAAAACUGCAGUGGCUCUGGGGGCAGCAACAGGUGGAGUUUUGGGUGGUUCUGUGGGAGCCAUUGCUGGUGCUGAGGCUGCCAGUCCUGGGGAGGGCGCUCUGGAUGCCCUGGAGCAGGUUAGCGUCAUAGGGGCCUCUGCUGUGGGGGUGGCGGCAGGUGUGGGAGGCACCAUGGGAGCUGGGGCUGCUUUAUGCGCAGCUCUGGAUGGAGCAGCUUUCAGCACAGCAGCCCUCAGCGGAGCUGAAACUGCAGUAGGUGUAGCCAAUGCUUCUGUAACUGCAGGUACUGGGACUCCUCAGUGUGCUGCAGCAGGAGCAGCCUUAGCACAGGAGAUAGUUGCGACUGUCCCAGUGGCUGCUGGGUCUUCCAGUGCUGUGUGUGGGUUAACAGGGCCCAGUGUGGCAUCAGUGGCCAGCAGAGUGCCAGACCCCUGGGGAACUGUGGCGGCAACACGCAUCCUGAGUGCAGUGGCUGAGAUAGGCAAGGCUGCAGCAGGCAUUGCCCUGGCUGGUGGUCUGGUAGUGAAGGUGGUAAAGGAAAAAGUCAGAUGCGGCACAGGAACAACAGAGGCCAAUUACUCUGAGAAGAAGUCUUAUGAGAUCUACUGGAACAAAUAAAUACAGAUCAUAUUCAUAUUUUUUCCUAGCCUCCUGAUCAAGUACUAGACUCCACAGUAGCUUCCCUCAGUGAGAGAUGUUGCUAUUACCCAUUUACUGUAUAUAAAGAAUCUAAGCUAUUACCAUAGAAAUGCAAAACACCUUGAAGAUGCACAGCUAGCAGCCAGAGCAAUGUAAUAUAAAACAAUAUCGUAUGAACAUUAAACACAAUAAUAGAUAAAAGAAAGCCAAUGUUGGUUGGAACUGUUUGGGGCAGGUGAAUAAGUUUUUACAAGAUUGUGAUUCAUCUCAGCUGGUUGGUUUGGAACCAGACUUAACAUCUUCAUUUUUUUAUAAAAUAAUAAUAAUAAGAAGAAAAUAAAAAGUAACUUACAUCUGGAAACUGGGCUGCAAAUGUGGGUGUCAGUUCAGCCGUGUAAGCUCAGUUGAAUAAAUGACAUGAAUUUCAUAAAGGUUUACAAUUUGACUUUUUUUUUUCUUUUGCCCUUUCUAAAGAAGAAUCACAGAACUAUAAACAGAAAAUAAGACAUUCUCUUAAGCACCAUAUUACAGUGUUUGCUGGGUGAGAUGAAUGUGUUCAUGUAAUAAAUCUCACUUAUUACAACACCCAGUGUUGAAAUGAACAAAAUGACUGAAGUAUUAAAAAGCAUUUUGAAUCCUGAAGUGUUUGUACUGACAGAUGACAGUAGCUGGUUGUAUUGUAGUGUUUCACAUCCUGUAAUAUGUAAACCAGACAAGAGUUUUGCAGUUAUAUAUUAUAACUGGUUUUGACCAACCAGUACCACCUGUAAAUCAGUGUGUUAACUUUGUUGCAGUGAAAUAAACUAAAAGAGACAGGAUUCUUCCAUGACUGAA